AUGUUGGAUUUCCUUACGGUUUUCAAUCCCAAGUAUAGUCAUACAGAAGAUGAUACUUACAAGCAACUACUCUUGUAUCAUUCUUUUGAGGGAUCUCAAGAGUAUACCGUCAAUGAUAAGUUGUCACAAAUCGGCAUAAUUCAGGCAUUAUGGACCUUUGCACAGUCAUUUGGUGAUUCGAAAGACAUCUGCAAGAAUAUAAUUGAGUUAGAGGGCAAAAGAAUAUUCACACUUGUAGUGGAGGAAGAUUUUUACAUCAGUCUCACGGUCCUGGAAGAGGAAGAGGAAAUACCGUCUAGUUAUUAUCUUACACAUUUGACACAUUGCUAUGAAUUUUUUACGUUGCAUUUUGGAACCUGGAAGAGCUUUGAAGAUCAUCAUCGGCUAACAGAUCGGCUCAAUGAGUAUUUCAUUGAGUUUUGGACCAAUUUUCUUAUGAUGCCGCACGUACCUACGUACAAAGGAUUUUUGAAUUUCUGGCCUGACUGCUACAAAACUGCCGACAUGCCGUCAAGGGCCCCUGAAAGCCUCGCUUGGGAGGCGUAUCUCAACCAGCAGAUCUUACUCGACGACACAAGUUACCUGGGGAUCAAGGACUUGCUUGUGUAUCAUCUUCCGAAGCCCAGCAAUCAUAAAGGGUUCAAGACUUAUGGAUUUCUGCGAAACUUCACUUCGGAUUUGGAUUCGCUUCCUGAAAUAUCGAAUUGGGUUUAUCACAUGGAUGCAGUUUAUGAUAGAAUUUCGAGUCAUGUUCUCGCAGGCAAUGUACACUACGAACAAGUUCCUGUAGAAGAUGAAGAAGUGCCGCCGGUAAAUCAGGAAUCUUCAACUGGGGAAACGAUUUUGGACCAUAGCAAGAAGAUGCUUCACAACCUUACUCUUCCGAUAUCGUUUGCUUAUGAUGCAAUUCAGGAAGUGGGAAACAUGACGGGUGUCUCAAACAGCAUGUCACUUCUAACAGACUACAUACCUGGGUUUCACUCUCGGUCAUCUGAUGACCUUGUCGCGAACAAAAACGGCAAUACAGCGCGGAGUGGGUUUUUGAUAUCUCCCCUUUCAGCGCCCGCGCUACCUGACACAUACAAAAUCAAAAAGCUCCAUUUAAAAUUCGCCGGCGAGACCCAGGUGUACAAUUGUCUCUUCUGGUACUACAAUGAGGUGCUGGUCAUUCUGAUAUUCAAAUCCGAUUUUGAGAAAAUAUGGGAGCAAGAGUAUUUGAAAGACCUGCAUGGGAAGUUGAGCACAGCAAUAUCGGAGCUCUACAAGUCGCAACUGAAUAACGGCCCGGCACAGAUGGACCGCUUCUGCUAUGCCACCGUCAACAAAGCGUCGAGGCAGGUCAAAUCUUCGUUCCCGCUCAUGAACCGCACCGAAGUAGAAGACGCCGCUUCGCCGCUGGAGCUGGUGGUCAAUGGCUUGGACCAGUUUCUGACUGCGGGCAUAAACCGCAAGUCGUCGAUCGCGACGCUUUCGCCAGCGCACGAACAAGAGCUACGUGAGGCCGCUACAAACAGCAGCUCCUGGGGACUGGGGCUCAUGGGCGGUAUGUUCAAGCGGGACGCCACGCAGUGCGAGCCCAGAGUCUUCUACGACACGUUCCUGGACACGAUAUCGCAGGAAAAGCUGCAGGAACUGCACAUCGACGUGACCAAAUUUCUCUCGACGCUAGAGCGCUCGAAACGCGCCCCAGACAUAAGCGAGCAGAAGCUGAUCAAGCUGAACAACGGGGUGCUCUGUUUCAUCCUGGAAAACGCCGACGAGAUCAUCGUGCUGGUGCAGAACUGGUUCGACAGGAAAGCACUGCACCGUGGCCGCGGCCACGGGCUCCAUGGAGACAGCCUGGUGCAGUACAUGGACCGCGACGUGCUGGCGUGGUGGGAAGAGAGGGCGACGUGA